UCUCAUGAACUAUUUGCCUGGGCUGGCCUGAAACCUCCAAAUCUCAGCCACCCUAAUAGCUAGGAUUAUAGGUGUGAGCCACCAACACUUGGCUGUGUUCUCCAGAGGCAAUCUGUGAGUUUUAAAUUGUUCCUGAGAUUUAAAUCAUCACACUGGGUAGUGUGAUGAAACUUCACACCAUCCUGCUCCAUCCCGCCUGGGUCAUGAAUCAUUCCCGCAUCCAGUGUAUCCACACUGUAUGCACUGCCUCCCCGUCACUGUCCAGCCACCUCAGUUAUUAGGUCAACUCGUAACGCCUAUUGUGGUCAUGUUCAAGCCAGCCUUAUUUCACUUAAUAAGAGUGCCGGAGCUCAAAAGGAAAAGGAGGCACCACGUAUAAAACCUGGAGGGUCAGACUAUCUGUGGUACUGUGUUAGCAACACUACAGGGCAUAUAGGAAAAACAAAAGUGUGGCCAGGCCGCAGGGGUCCACACCUGCAAUCCCAGCUACUCCCGAGUCAGAGAUCAGGGGAAUCGCGGUUAAGAGCCAGCCUGGACGAAUAGUUCAGAAGACCCUAUCUCAAAAAUACCCACCACAAAAAAGGGCUGGUGGAGUGGCUCAAGUGGUAGAGCGCCUGCCUAGCAAGCGUGAGCCCUGAGUUCAAACAUCAGUACCACCAAAAAGAAAAAAGAAAAGAAAAGAAAAAGUGUGGGAUUAUCCUGCAUUCAGGUAAAUCCCAAGGGGGUCGGUCUUGGAACAGAGCCAUUGUGGAUGAGGGAGACUACUGCAUGCAUCUGGAUCCUACCUCUUUGCAGAUUUCACUUUUCACUGUGCAAAAACUGUAUUAAAGUCCACAGCCAUAAUUCUGCAGAAAACCCAUUUUAGGAGUGGCGUCUGGACCCUGAGUGGGAGCCAGCCUUACAGACCAAGAACGCAGAACUCAGCAUCCUGGAGCCCCUGCAGCAGGAGUCCUGGCACCCUUCAGAGCGGCUUUCCUGAGACUUUUCCAGUGCAGUCGACAGACGCUAAGCUGGUUAUAACAGACAGAAGCUACACAGUGACCAGGUGGCUUCCACCAUGUUCUUCUCUGUGAUUAAGAUGUUAUUGUCAUGAUGUUUGUGUGUGGCCAACUUCUGAGCAAUAGAGGAACAGAACAGGGUUCUCUUCCAGGGAGGAGGAGGAGGGGGAGAAGGCAUUUAAUGUUCCUGGAUGCUGAUGGACAGGGAGGAGUCUAGAAGCAAGACACAGAGCACUCAGAGUAGGGACAGGUAUGUCUGAGUCCUCCCCUGUCUCUCUCAUAGUCCACGUGCCAUGGGGGACACCUGUCUGCAACUUCUGAAUUCAAGGACUGGGUCACCUAUCCCACUCUUGAUGCCCAAAGUCAGAUCCGAAGACCUCCUGGGGUUGUCAGAAGUGCAGAAUCUUGCCAGGCGUGGUGGUGUACCUCUAUAAUCCCAGCUACUCAGGAAGUAGAGAACGAGUUUGGACAUCUUGUCUGCUCCUGACGUCCCAUGUGUAGGGUCUUUGAGGAACAGGUGUUCAAGGAAGCAUGCCGGCACAGAAUGUCCACUUGGUGCCAUCAAACACGCACUGAGUGCAACAUCCCCGACUCAAAACAGACAUGUCACCUCCAUGUGAGGCGACACCUCACAAGAACCCAGCCUGUGAAGGUUUAGUCUGCUGACAUUGUGCUCGGGGCCGCACAGCAGGCAAGUGCCAGGGUGGUCCCAUGGUCCCGUCCUUUGUCCUCCUCUGGCACGGUGUUAGCUCGGAUGCCCUGGCAUGUGAGAGAGGACACCUGACUGCGACUUUCCGGUCCCUGCCAGGCUGUGUGUGCUGAGGAUCACAGGGGCAGUUGAAAGGGCGCUGGAGCAACAGAGGUCAGGUUCACUCCCUGGUGCAGAGCAGCCUAGCCUGUGGCUGUCAUAAACGAGAAGCUUAUCGGAAGGCAGAGACCUUUGAUCCACUCUGCUGUUCCCUUUACUUCUCAGCUAACUGCUGGCCUGCUGCUCUGAGACAGAACACUUGCCACGGUGUAGCCGACUGUCACACACUCGGCUGAGCUGCUUGUUCUCUGUGGAAAACGGGGAGCCUUCCUCAAGACUCUAGGCUGAGUAGCGUUUGGUCAGAGGUAACCCCCAAGCUCAUUAAAACCCUCCUUGGAAUUUUCCUUUAGAUCGGCCAAGAUGCCUGUCAUGGUGCAAGACAUCAUGAAGCUGCUGUGCUCCAUCUCUGAGAAGAGGAAGAUGAAGGCAGCCGUCAAGCACUCUGGGAAGGGUGCCCUGGUCACAGGGGCAGUGGCCUUUGUCGGUGGUUUGGUUGGUGGCCCACCGGGACUAGCUGUUGGGGGGGCCGUCGGGGGCCUGUUGGGAGCCUGGAUGACAAGUGGGCAAUUUAAGCCCGUGCCUCAGAUCCUCAUGGAGCUGCCUCCUGCUGAGCAGCAGAAGCUCUUUAACGAGGUCGCGGCCAUCGUCAGGAACUUAGACUGGAUGGACGCCGUGCAGCUGACCACGCUGGUCAUGGGCAGCCAGGCCCUGCAGCAGCAGCUGGUGGCCAUGCUUGUGAACUAUGUCACCAAGGAGCUACAGGCUGAGAUUUGCUACGAUGACUAAGUCUCUCCCUCUGGGAAAUGGGGACUGCAUUUAGAUGAUUCUCGGACCCUCGGGUGGUGAUCAGGGAGUCAGGGCCAGCCAGUGGGUUCCCCUGAGAGCUCUGUAGUGUGUUAGCCACAGAUGGAGGGGACAACCUAUUGGAGAGACCACCUGGGUGCUGUGUCACAUCCAGCAGUUGUUGGGAAAGUCAUGCAUUUCGUGUUUGGAUGUAGCAGCUGUCCUUUGGCGGGAAGUUGGAGGAGGCAAGGACAGGCCUGCCACAAGCUGUGGUGACAGCAUUAGUGCUUACAAGGCACUUCCUCUCAAUGGCUGGAAGAAGUUGUCACCUUCAGCUGGAUUUCUGACUAUACGUCUUACUCCUUGACUCCUUCUCCAGGCCCCUGUCAAAGGACUGGACCUUCCUCGGACACUGGGGUGUCCCUUCCUGGCCUGGGGCUUCUCAGUGGUCUCAGAGCAGGGUGGUGGCCCACUGAGUGAAACCACAAAUGCUAAACACUUAGACCCCUUGUCCCACUAGCUGGAACCCCUGGGGUGACCAAGGUUACUUCCUAGGGCCUUGCCUUCCCUGCCGAAAAAUCAUGGUACUUCUUGAUUCUUAAUUGUUUAGGGUUUUUCUUUUUCUUUUUUAAAAUUAUUUUGUUCUCUAGACGUAGGCUAAAUAUCACUUUUAAAAAUAUUUUUUCCCCCCUGAGAUGGAGGGUCCCUGUGUGGCCUGGCUGGUCUCCACCUCCUGGGCUCAAGUGCUCCCUCUGCAAGGCACCACCUGUUCUCUUCAAAGAGCAUUUUUCCUGCCACAUUAGCCCAAGGAAGGUCUUCUUCCUUCUCUGUUCCAGCUGCUUCCUCAGAGCGCUGACACCAGACGGUGACUUACGUGUGUCAAAAGGCAAAAUUACAAUAAAUGGAAUUUAAAGAUCUCACCUGAGCUGGGAACAGUGGUACACAUCUGUAGUCCCGGCUACUGGGAGGCAGAGGCUGGAGGAUGACUUCAGCCUGGAAAUUCAAGAGCAGCUCAGGAAAUAUAAUGAAAGCCAGUCUCAGAGAGAGAGAGAGAGAGAGAGAGAGAGAGAGAGAGAGACAGAGAGAGAGAGAGACAGAGAGAGAGAGACUGAUUUAGCUUCAUCUGCAGUUGCAGAACUAGAGAUACCUUAUUCCAAGACUCCUUCACACAGACUGUGAGGAGUCAAGUGUUGGGGUGGACAGGACACCAAGGAAGUUAAAUCAGAGGGACUCUUGCCUCUUUAGCUGUUUGGGGACUUGGCAGUGUUUCCCUCUCCUGAUUUCCCCACAGCACAGUAGCUCAGUUUUGGCUUGGCCAGUGUGACCUAGUACAGAGCACAACCCAAACCAGUGGCCGCUCCUGCGUUUGAUUUAAUGUGAGUGACUCUAUGUCCCCUGCUCCUAGGAGGACGGUGGACACUGUGGUCCAGUCCACUGCUAUCUCUGUGCCUAGCACAUGGUGGACACAUAAAUAUUUUUGUUGUUUGUUUGAGACAGGGUCUCUCUAUGAAGCCCAGGCUGAACUCCAACUCCUGAUCCUCCUGCCUCAGCCUCCUGAGUGCUGGGAUUACAGGUGUGCACCACCAUGCCUGACUUCCAUAAAAAUUUUGAGUCAGUGUCUUCAAAACAUUUCAUAUGCAACUCCUCUAGUGCGAAGACAUGCUCUCCCAUUGCAAAGUCAAGUUUCUCACUCCUCCAAAGUUACUGAGCUGCUAAAUGAAGAAGCCAGAAUUUGAUCCCACAUCUGUACAAACCCAAAGCCCUCAAACACAGUGCAGAGGCUUUCAGAUUUAUGGGAACUGGUAGUUCUUAAAUGGUUAUGUUAUAUUUAUUUAUUUAUUGGUGGGAUUUGAACUCAGGGCUUCAUGCUUACUAGGCAAUCACUCUACCACUUGAGCCAC